AUGGCCGAUCGCUUGUCAACAAAUAGCGUCGAACAGAUGAAAAGUGACGGAACUCGUUCAGAAAUUCGUCUUCACAAAGAUCGUUUGGAUACAGAAAAACGAGAUCUUUUACUUUCAAUUCUAGAGUGUUGUUCGAGUCCGAAUCGGUUUGAUGCUGCAGGACUGCAGAAGAAGGCUAGCAUUGUUCCUGGCUGUCAAAGUUUUGAACCAGAAGAACCAUUUAAUGGGUAUUCAGCAAAAAGAAAGUUUGUAUCGAAUUCGGGAGAAAAAUCAUUUAUAAUUUUAAAUGUUAACAAAUCAUUAAAUGGAAAACCCUUAUAUGAAGGAAUAGUUAUGCGUGAUAAUAAUAUACAAAAAAGAUAUAUCUGCACUAAUCCAACAUCAGUUUAUUGUAAGGUUAUUUGCUUUUUUGGUGUAAAAACAAAAAGUAGACUCAAUAAAAAACGAUUUUAUGGAUUAGACUCUAAAGAUUUCAAGUUUCGUUUAAGUUUAUCCGGAUCUGAAGAUUGUAGAAAACAAUAUCAAUCCCUUAUAUCUAAUGUAACAUCCUCUACACACACAAGGUUGUGCUUAUGGUUAGGUGUUGUAAGUUAUGGUACUGCGAUAAAUUGUGACAGUUUGUUUUACAUAAAAACAAUUGGAUCAGUUAAAUGUCGUAUUCAACCAGGGUAUGAAGCACAAAGGUUAUUAAAGCUGAAUGAUGUUAAUGUGGUUAUAACAAUGAAGAUUGAUAAAUCAGAUGAUGGUUCUGUUUACCGAAUUAUUGUUUCUGACUUAUUAAUUAAUUGCAAGUCAUUGCAUUCCUCUUCUGUUGUUAAAGAUGCUUUUAGCAAAUUAAACUAUAUUAGUUCUAAAAACUGGUUUGGUUUUCAGUUUUUUGGCUUGGAUAGAAGUGAAGUAAUCAAUAAAACAUCUUGUCCAAUAAUAAAAUUUGAAACACCAUCUUUUGAUAACAUUAAACAAAACAACAACAGUGUAAUAGUUGAUUUACUGAAUAUAAGAAUAUGUGGUGCUGGAAAAACUAGUUCGCUUCUCAGUAAAAAAGCUAUAAAAUCUCGGAAUAAGACAAUUCAUUUAUUAGUAGAGUUAGCAAGCUAUGGUGAUGUAAAAAGUUUUGUGAGCUACAUAAUAAAUGAGUGCCCAGAAAUUGUUGAAGAAGUUAUAGAUGAAAAUGCUGAUUUCUUAGUUCAUAUUGUUGAAAGGCUUAGGUUUAUAACAUCUGUUAAAAAUCUUGAUUGUCAACAAACUGCUUCAAUAAUGAUGGAUAAAAUUGAAAUUUCACAGAGAUCUAAUAAAGUUUUAAAAGGUAUUCUCAAGAAAAAUAAUAUAAACAUUCCUACAUAUGACAACCUUAGAAAAUACUGUCUUAAUAUAGAUGUAGGUCUAAUUCAACAUGCUCAUAAUGAUGCUAGUGUCGACUGUGAGUGUUUUAAUUACUCUUGUAAUGUUGAAGAAACACUACGAAGAGUCCUAUCAACCCAUUCUCUUUAUGAAAAAUUUGAUUUUUUUUUCAUUGAACAACAACAAGUGAUAAGAGAUUUCUUAAUUCUGAAGAAUAAUACUCUUUAUGAAAAGUUUGACAUAAAUAGCAAAACUUUAAUUCUGCGUGACACUGGAGAUAAUUUUCGUGCUGCUAGUCGUUAUCCAACUGAGCAAACUUCUUUUUCAAUAUUAAAUUUCACUCCUAUGAUUAAAAGCCCAUAUGGACAAUUUAUCACAACUCUUUGGCGAGGUAAUGAAAGUCAUGAUAAUAUUAAGUUACAUGUGCAAAAAGUAAACACAGAUUUGACAAAUCUAGUUAAAAAUGGAUUAACAGUGUGUAUUAAUGGUAGUAAAACUGAACACUUUAAUGUGGUUUUAUUUCUAGGUGCAGAUCUUAGUUUCGUUAACGAAGUUAUUGGUAAAUGCUCCAGUAAUCAAACAUAG